CUCCUCUCUAAUUGUCUCUCAUCCUGCACUGCAAUGUGGCUGUCUCUGCAGUGAAAGUGCUGGCUGGCAGAGUCUCCUUGAGUGAACCCUGACUGUGCGCAGUGAGCGUUUGCCGCUCUGCCUCUGUCCUGUCCACACUGACUCAGCUGAGCAGGCAGCCGGCAGGCCCCUGACUGAGCACCGGCUGCAGGAGCAGGAGUGCAUCAGGGCUGUGAGGCAGGCUCGCUACCCCACAGCAGCAGCUGUAGCUGCAACACUGGGAUGUGCCUUGUUUGGGGUCCAGUCACUCAGACAGCAGCUUACAGAUUCAAUCCAGAGUGGUGGCAAAGGAUAUCCUACUAGCUACCAGAGCCAGGCCUGGAUCCUGCAGCACCAUUUGUUUUGGAGCAGAUCUGGCGGCCAUGGAGGUCCGGUGGAUUGGGGUUAAAUCCCAGAGGCUGGGCCCACCAUCCUCAACCGUCGGCCUGAUCUUCUCUCUGCUGCUUGGCCUGUGGUCUGCUCAGGCCCUUGAGAUGUCUGUGGGGAAGAUUCCCACCCUGGAGGCAGUGAAUGGCAGCACAGUCAUCCUGCCUUGCACAUACUCCAGCUGCAUUGGCAUCAAAGACCUUUACUUUAACUGGCAGUUCAAUGACAACGGCACCAUGCAGAAGGUGUGUGAGUCAGUGAUACCAUCAGAAGGCGUGGAGCCUCACGUGGAUAUAUACAGAGAGCGGGUGGAGUUUGUGGGAAAGAACCAUCAAAACAACAUUUCCAUCUUGCUGUGGAACAUCACCUUCGAGGACGGGGGCAAGUACACUUGUUUCGGACGCAAUCCCAAAGAGAAGUUCAAGAACCACAGCGCCAUCUUCCACCUCAUCGUGGUGGACGAGUUGAGGGUGGUGGACAACACGCUGACCAUCAUGAUCGCCUCAGCUGUUGGUGGAGCCAUUGCUCUGCUCAUGGGAUUCAUGUUGCUCAAGAACUUCACUCUCUUUGUUCUUGCCAAGCUUGAGGAGAAAAAUAAGGAGUGCCUUGUUACUUCGUCAGGGAUCGACAACACAGAAAAUGGCCUCUCUGGAACCAAAGCUGAUUCAAAGCCGACACCAAAAAAGAAAUGAGACGGUGCAUGUAGAACGACAUGAGUACUCAUAUUUAUAUACCUUCUUUGCAUAUAUUUGAAUAUGCACAUGUGUUUGCACACACUCAGAUUCAUUACUUUCAAGCUGGGAUCUUAAUAACUCUGGCUGUGGCCUUGAAAGUGGAACAUAUACAUGUGCAUAUGGUUAUGCAAAAUGUGCACAAAGUAGUAGCUGCUGCAGAUGAUAUACAACUAAAGGUUGGGCAAAUCAUGAGUG